UGAGCGCUUGGGUGUACCAACUCUUCGAUGCAUCUCACAGAGCAAAGUUUCCUCUUUGAUUCACUCUCAUCAAAAGCACCGAAUACGGCACGCAAAGUGCACAUACGCAGGCUCUAUGAUAUAUUCCAGUUAUGUCUGCAUCGCUCCGAUAUUCCUAGGGCCCGACGCGCUUGGGCGACGCUUGCUCGAUGUAAAGAAAUCAAGUGGUUAUCUAUGUGGACCACCGCCAUCUAUCUUGUCGGCGAAAAACACUCUGCGGAGGAGGAUAUACCCAGGCAAUUAGCACUACUUCGGGAACUUAUGUUGCAUAACUCUGCAGACCGUGAAGCCAUCUUGCAGGAAAUGAUCUUUCGUCUCAUCAUGCUAGAGCGGUACCGGGAAGCUCUAGACGAACUCGAGCUUUACUUACCGUCGUUUCCUUACCAAGAUAAUCCAGUACUGCACACUUAUGCAGGCUUGCUUUGCUUCUACAUAGCCCAAAACUUCGAGGACGGACAACAAACAUUUCACUUCAACGAUGGCACCCUUCGUGAGGCUAGGACUCACCUUGAACGGGCCGCAGAGCUGGAGCCCGAUAAUGUUGUUGCAAAGUCGUUUCUAGACAAGAUUUCACGCAUUCAAAGUGGAAAAUCUCGUACUAUGAUGCACCACGAAAACCAAGAAUCGGACGACGACUUUCAUAUGAACAUCGAGAAUGCCAGUGAACAUGUUGUACCCAAAAGGAAACGAAUCAGAACUACAAACAACAUGGGUGGUGAUAUGUAACGAGAGGCCAGUCACUUGCUCACUCUGACCCGCUGUCUGAAUCAAUAUCGAUGGGAGGCAUAUGUUCAUCCUCACGUUCCUGCGGGGUUUGGCUGACCAACUGAUUCUCUACCGGUAAACGGAGAGCCUGAGCUUCCAUAUGUUUGGCAACUGGCGUACUCACGCUGACAGCGGAUAUUUUGACGUUGUCGCCUGGCUGCGGCACCACAGUAGAUCUCACGCCUAUUUGAAUGUCGGGAAUUUGUAGAGCCGGUGAAGAUAUUUCGGCAUCAGGAGUAGUAGCGGGAGGCUCCGUGGUUGUAGGAUGUGGGAGAGCGGUGGAAGCACCGGAAACAGCCAUAGUUUCCGGUGGUGGUGCGUCCCUCAUCACAACAUCCCCGUUUCCGCUGGAUGCGGCGAGUUCGGAGGGGUCUUGUAUCUGGAUCUCUAACCCUAGCCUUUGGCGUUCUACAGCUUCCUCUUCGCUUUCUUCGCUACGGAAAAGCGAGAGAGCUUCAACCUGAGGUUGGGAUCGAAGAAGUGGCGGUAGUCGGGGAUGUAGAAGGAGAUCUAGCCCAUGCAUAGUAUCCUAAUGAUCGCAACUUGUCAAGGAUUGCAGAGCAAAUUUAUCCAUACAAAAUC